UAAUAAUUAACCAGAUAAUUAGUGUGGAUAACUGCAUAUUAUUAAUAUGGGUUGGUUGUUUGGUAUUGUAGCUAAUUAAUCCUAAUCUUUGUUUGGUAUUCAUAUUACUAGGUCAUAUAAACUUAAGAAUGGACAUAAUUGUCCCUUUACAUAUUUUAAAAUUCCCAGCGUACCCUCAUCCAUUGCACAUCACCAAUUAACACACCCACGUCCAAAACCCUUUUUUCGGAGCAAACUUUAGCCCGCCAAAGAAACCCUUACGCAGAAUAGGAACAGUCUCUCUCCAUUGAAGCAGCCGCAAGGUCGUCGCGCAGCAGAAGAAGCAACACCGCGGUCCAUUGAAGCAACAAUAGGGUGGUCCUACAGCUGCGAAAAUGAGCCAAGCAACUCAAGGUAGCACAGGAACUACACGUUCCGGCCGUGUCAACAAGACGGACCAAAAGCGCCGCAGUUGGUCUGUUAGGGAAGAAGAAGUUCUAAUCGUUGCAUUGAAAGAGCUCGUCGCACUUGGAUGGAAAUCUGACAACGGGUUCCGAGCCGGCUAUUUGAGUAAGUUAGAGGAGGCUAUGAAGAAGGAAUUUCCGACCACCGACUUGAAGGGAAUGCCUCAUAUAAACUCGAAGGUAACAACGUGGAAAAAGACUUACUCUUCGCUGUGGAACAUUCUCAAAACUAGUGGAGUUGGCUUCAAUGUUAACGGGAAGCACAUGAUUGAUUGCGAUGACGAGCAAUGGGAGAACUUUGUGAGGGCCGAUGACAGUGUGCGCAACUUCCGAUAUAAAAGCUGGCCUUAUGUAGAAGACUGGAAGCUUGUAUUCGGAAAAGAUAGAGCUACAGGCGAUGAGGCGGAGGAUGUCAUGGAGGCGGCUUUUACGAUGUAUCGGAAGUUAGAUAUCAACCAAUCGCUUGAUGAUGGUGAAUACCACGUCUCACUUGAAGAUAUAUUGGAGACCGGCGAAACGGGUGACAAUGUAAGCCAAACCCAAGCGCGGGAAGAGACUGUAACAGCUGAAAAGGAAGCUCCAACAUCCAGCAAAAAGCGGCGCCGUAGUGUCGGUUUCGAUGACAGGUUUUUCGAGGCUCUAACAACUAUUGGUCGUGGUACGGAAACUAGACUUGAUACAAUAUCAAGUCGGAUGGGUUACGACUACGAUGUAUCAAAGGCAAGGAAGGAAGUUUUUGCACAGUUGAGUGGUAUUCCGGGGCUGUCAAAGACCGAGAAGUUUGACAUCUGUAAUAUGCUUGCUAAGGAGGUGGAGCUUCUGGAUGUGUUUUCGAGUCUCCCGGAAGACUCGAAAGAAGACUACGUGCUGCACUUACUUGCUUUGAAACAUAAGUAAGUCAGCGGCGUAUGGGAAUGAUUUAAUUGUCUCUUUUGUGCGAGUAAACAUCGCAGACUUCAUUUGAUAUUUAUUCCAAGGAAUAGCUUGACAAUUGUUUCAUCUUUCAAACUGUUUUGUUGGAUAUUAUUUGUUGGAUCU